GGGAAUUGUAGUUCAAGUCAUGGCGUGUCUCUGCGCAUUCAGCAGAAGCUGUAGCGAUCCCUCCUGUAAUUCUUAUCGACUACCAUCCCAGCACGCGCAACUGAUGGACACAUAUGGCGGAGAGCUAUGACUGAGGAUUUUGAUGAAGAAAUUGUUUUCGAGAACUCUCCACUGUUCCAGUACUUGCAGGAUCUAGGACACACAGAUUUUGAGGCAUGUUCUCCCGUUUCUCAGGAGGAGGAGCCAAGCGCUGGUGGAGAGGAGGCACAGUUUCCUCAGGAUAUCCUCCCUUCUCACAGAAAGGGUGGUGUUUGGAGGCUGGUUGAUGUUCUGCACAGUCUGAAUCCUCUGCGUCGAGACAGCGCCACCCACUGGCAGGAGCAGCAGCUGGAUGCUGCCUUCCGCCAGUAUUCCCUGCGCUGUUUGUUAUCUCAGGACGUGCUGUUGCAGGAGGAUGUUGAGCUGAUCGAGCUCUUGGAUCCGAGCGUGCUCUCUCUGGGCUCCACUGAUACCGUCUGCCCCAGUGCCAGCACUUCUGUGCCAGCGCCACGCUACCUCUCGCCUCCCUCUAUAUGGGAUGUGUCAGUUUUGGUCGGGCUGCUAGCUGUCCUCCUCGGCGUGUGUUUUUCGUACCCUGACCACGAGCGGGCUCUGUGGCUGUGCGGUGUCCUGGUGUGUGUUACGUGUGUGUGUCGUGGUCUGUCUCUGUGGCGUAAGGCCGUUCUACAGCGGCGCGUUCAGUCUCUGGCCGUCCAGCUUGAGGGUUUGGUGAACAACAGCCGAGCGCUGACCAGUCUCUCUCGCAAGUCACUGCGACUCAUACAGGAGACCGAAGUCAUCUCACGAGGUUUCACCCUUUUACUCGACAGGGUGAGUGGCGCCUGUCCCUUUAACAGGGCGGGGCUGCUUCGCAGCCAGCAGCUGAUUGGUCUACGGAAGGCGGCCUAUCAGAGUCUUCGUUGCGCAUUCCGAGCCUCUCGCAUCGCCACAUGCAUCAUGCUCAAGUCAUUUCCGCUGAACUCUGAGAUUGACAAUGUCACCAACUACGUGUCUACCGUGCCAAUCAGAGAGCUUGGUCUCGGUCUUGGGGUGGAGCAUCUUUCUGACGAUCAGGCACAAGAACUGACCAACGAUUACAGUCUGCCUGCACUCAAGAUGUUGUUCCAGUUGUGGGUCGGGCAGAGCUCAGAGUUUUUCCGGCGGUUAGCUCUGUUAUUGUCUCCAGGGAGGGAGGAGCUAGACUCCAAGCCGAGCCCCCUCACGUACAGCAGCGUCCCGUUGAUAACUGACUCUCUCCAUCGCACGCUGGCCACUUGCCUCAGAGACCUUCAGCGCAGCUUUGAUUUCCAUCGUUACUUUGAAACACAGCACCAGUCGCUGCCCUCAGAAAGAAAUGGACGCGCUCAGCAGAAGUGUAGAGAGCUCAAUGCUCUGCACACGUCUGUCCGCAGUUUACAACUUCACCUGAAAACACUCUUAAAUGAGGUCAUAAUACUUGAGGAUGAUCUGGAGAAGUUAAUGGUUGCUAAGGAGACAGAGGAGAUGACGUGUGCUGGCUAUCAGGAGCUGAAGGAGCGUCUGCAGCUGCUGCAGCCUCACAUGCAGGCCAGCACCUGCUGCUGGGACGACACACUCGCGCAGGUCGACCGCAUGCUACGCCGAGUCUCCAGCUGCCCAGAGAGUUCAGAUCAGCCAGAGGAAACAGCUGUCCCAGAUCCCCCUCCUCCUGCCCCCUUCACACACAUACAGGACAGAGACCCCGUCCCAGAGGAGCAGGAGCUGGAGGCGUACGUCUCGGACUCAGACUCUGAGACGGAGUGGAGGGGGGUCACGGACAUGCUGUCGCCAUGGGAACAGGAGCGCCAGCGGCGGGAACGUGAGGAGUCCAGACGUGUUUUACUCGAGCUGAAGUCUGUCCUGGGCAUACGGACGUCAGAUGGAGAGCGAGACAAGCGCAAGCUUCUACUGUUCAGUGAUCAGGCCGCCCUGGCUCCAUUUGCUAAGGACACAUCAGAAACGGACACAAACUCUUUAGAACCGCAUAUUUCAGCAGAGUCCGUGCCUACCACGGAAAACCAUGUCUCCCAACCAGGAGAGGAGAAUGAAUGUGAACCGCAGACAGAGAUCCUGAGUGAGGCGGAAGGAGAGAGAGAUUCUGUGACUGAGUUUUGCUGUGGAGACUCUGACGUAACUGGGGCAGCUAAAGAUACCAGAGAUGAGACUGCGGAGGAAACGCAGCUCUUCCAGUCAGAUGGGCUUAUAGAAGAGGGGCAUGAUGGGACACACCCGCUCACACCCAGAGUGCCCACCCUCUCUGUGAUCGACCGAUUGACAGAACUGCAUGGCUCAGAAGCGAUCAGUUUCAGCUCUGCCCUUGCUGCCCAGGUAGCAGCGCGCUCGCAUACGUUCACACACAUGCAGGAAUGCACCUAUGAGGACUCGGAGGAGGAAGAGGAAGUGACAUCACCGCAGAAGAGAGAAACUGACGAGGACUGAAACCUCAAAGAUAUUUAUUCUCAUCCUUUUGGUUGUAUUUAUGAAGCUUGAUUUCAGGUCACAGACAUCAUUGGAUGUAGCUGGUGUGUGUGUGAAUCUGUUUUUGGUCUCUGUUUUAAAGUGUGUGUGUUUGGGGGAUUUAUGUUUCAUGUGACAUCCCACGUCCACUCUCCCUCAUGACAGGCCUCAGGUACAGACUAGAACGUGCUAGUACACAAAAAUAACAGACCAAAACCUAAACAUUAACGCAAAACUACAUGUCCUUGGCCAUAUCCCAGUGUCAUUCACUGUAAUGGAGGUCCUACACAGAGUAACCAAAACGAGCUCUUAAAAGUCAGUUUAAUUGGAUAUAUCCCAUAAAGCCCAACAAGAACAUGUCAGAGUCAAAUUUGACCCCAAUUCAAUUAAAUUAGAGGAAAAAGAAGUCUAUUUUAGUAUUGCUGUUUUUUUGUUUUGUUUAUUGCUACAUUAUUUUAAGUAAACACUUUUUUUUUCCAAAUUAAAGCACAUUCUUUUUACUGCAAUACAAAACAAAUAAAGUUGGCCUUAGCGUAAUGCAAGAAAUAUUGUGCAUUUUUGUGGCUUUAAUAUAUAUAUAUAUAUAUAUAUAUAUAUAUAUAUAUAUAUAUAUAUAUAUAUAUAUAUAUAUAUAAUGUCAAGUAAACAGUGCACAAAAUCUUAAUUUGUACAAAAUUAGGCUUCCCUUUCUCUAUUAAGAUUUUCAUUUCAAUUUUGGGCUGCAGUAUGACACACACAUGCUAUUCACCUAAUUAAUUUUAACAAAAGGCAAAGUUAACAACCACACUGCAACUGGUAUGUUGACCUAAAAAAGACAGCAUCUCUGCAGAGAAGCCUCCAUUUCAUAAGUUAGUUUUUGCGAGGUCGUUCUUUAGGGAAAUAAAUAGCUGACCUGAUUUCAUUCCUGUAUCAGCCUUUGACAGUUUCUGUUCAGACGAAGCUGGAGUUUCACCACUGUGACCAUCACAGGGUUAUUGCUUCAAAGUAAUAACAAAACUUUAAAAAUCGACUUAUUGCCAGUUUCAGCCUUUCACACAGAACCCUAGUUCUUGAAACUUAACCCCUUUUUUAACUUUAAACACGGUGGAAAAGGUACAAAGUUACGGUUUAACUUGCCUUAAACAAUGUUCCCUUGUAAGAACUGUUGCACUUUACAACUACACUCAAAUCUUAUAAUGAGACUUAGAUUGUUAAUGACAAUGUUGAUUCAACCAGAGAGCGAAAUCGUAGAUAUAACUAUGUGCGUGAAUUGUAUGAUGUCUUUGUUUAACCUGAACUAAUUUCCCUCCAUGCAUAUGCAUGACUCUCAAACAAUCGUCUUGGCCAUGACAGAGACCAUCUCUAUGUGUUUGUCCUCACUCAACACCAGUUUUGCCUUUUCUAAAGGCUAAAGUUUUUCCUCCGUCCAAAAGUGGCAAUCCUGCAUUUCUUUUGUGAAAUAAAGUACAUGUACAUAUA